AUGCUCAUUCGCAUGGUGAGGCAGCGCGUCGCAUUUAUCGGCGCCCAGUCGGCUGCUGGACUGAGCAGGGAUGGGCUCCUAGCGUCUCAGACGCAAUCUCUGUGCGCAACGUUUGCGACAACUGUUGGUAUCAGCAUUGCCGUGGCGACGGACGUCUCUGCCGAAAUCGCUGGUGGCCCCUGGUCCGAUGAGCAGAAGCAGCGCCUCGCUACAUCCCUGAGUGCUGCCGCCGCUGCCAACGCUCAAGUGGGUGGGCCGAGACUGCCCAGGCCCGUGCAGUACUGCGACGCCUUGGAACACUUUCUCACGCAGGAGGACUGGGACGUCAUAUGUGAUCCAGCGCGGCCAAAGGGCCCUAAGGUGACCGUCCUCACCACGAGGAUGUGGCGCCUAGGUCUAACGUGUCCGAGUGAGGAUCUCCUCCAGAGGGCUGUCGCGAUUAUCUGUUGCAAGGGGGAGCUGGGGGCCUUGAAUUUCCAGAACAAGAAGGCCAUGGCGGCGGACAUCCAGAAGGAGAUCAAGGACAUGAAUGUCUUGGAUGCGUGGCCCUUCGCUCACAUGCGGAGGUACCCCUUGCUCCCGAUUGACCUCGCCGACGACGCCAGGAACUUUGCGUACGAUGGCACUGCGGGUCCAAUCACUGCGCCCAGCUUGGGCCCACAUGCGCUCCAGUUGAUGGCGAAGUCGGUGCCUACCAGGGACACCCACAAGGGCUUGCAGAGGGAGAUCGCAACUGAGGGGAGCGGAGCUAGCAGCGCAGACGCGCUGCAGCUUACUUCUGGGUUCGACCGCAGGCAGCCCCAGAGAGGCGUGCAGCUUGACAUGCAGAGUCAGAUGCUAGCCAUGGGCCAGUUCAUGCAGCAGAUGUUUGCCCAGUUCGGCCCCAAGGGUAUCGGUGGCAACCACUUCCUGAUGGUCCUGCUGUCGCGGCCGCAAGCCUUCCUCAACCUGUUCCUGAUUCUCAUGCUGAGGCUGCUGCGGCAGUGA